AACUGUGAGCCGCAACAGUGGUACUGACUUCCUAAACACAAGGCAUUGCUCAGGCAGCCGGUCAGUUUCUGUGUGUGGGCAAUACUCUGUCCUGUCAUAGGCACCAUGUCGGCAGAAGCACCAAUCCCCCUGAAUUUGGACAUUCGUGACCUGCAGAUCCAGACAGUCACUGUGGAGAAGCUGCUGGAGCCGCUGAUAAUCCAGGUUACCACACUUGUCAACUGUCCGCAGAACCCUUCCAACAGGAAAAAGGGACGCUCUAAGAGAGCCAGAGUUCUCCUGGCUUCUGUGGAGGAAGCAACUUGGAACUUGUUAGACAAGGGGGAGAAGAUUGCCAAGGAAGCAAGGGCCUUAAAGGAAGAGCUCACAGCUGCACUCCAGGAAGUUCGCAGAGAGAGCAAUGCUCUGAAGGCGUCAGCCGAGAGAUUUACAGAUGACCCCUGUUACCUCCCGAAAAGGGAGGCUGUGGUUCAAGCCGCCCGCGCCUUGUUGUCAGCAGUUACAAGACUCCUUAUCCUUGCGGACAUGAUUGAUGUCGUGUGUCUCUUGCAGCGUGUGUCAUCUUUUCAAAGAACAUUUGAGUCUCUUAAAAAUGUUUCCAACAAAGCUGACCUCCAGAAGACCUACCAGAAGCUCGGGAAGGAGCUGGAAAACCUGGAUUAUUUAGCCUUCAAGCGUCAGCAGGACUUAAAAUCUCCAGCCCAGAGGGAUGAAAUUGCAGGGGCGCGGGCCGCUUUGAAGGAGAACUCCCCGCUCUUGCACUCCAUCUGUUCAGCUUGUUUGGAACAUUCCGAUGUUGCUUCGCUCAAAGCCAGCAAGGACACAGUCUGUGAAGAGAUUCAGAACGCUCUUGAUAUCAUUUCAAAUGCUUCCCAAGGCAUCCCCAGCGUGCCGGCGACUUCCGAACCUCAGGCGGCAACCCUGGGAAGUGCUCUUGAUGAGCUGGAGAAUUUAAUUGUCCUGAACCCACUCACAGUGACAGAGGAGGAAAUAAGACCAUCACUAGAGAAACGUCUAGAAGCCAUCAUCAGCGGGGCUGCCCUGCUGGCUGACUCUUCCUGCACCAGGGACUUCCACCGAGAGCGGAUUAUCGCCGAGUGCAAUGCCAUCCGCCAGGCUCUCCAGGACCUGCUGUCGGAGUACAUGAGCAAUGCUGGAAAAACAGAAAAGAGUAAUGCCCUGAAUGCCGCCAUAGACAACAUGAGCAAGAAGACAAGAGACCUCCGCCGACAGCUCCGCAAGGCGAUUAUAGAUCACAUAUCAGAUUCUUUCCUGGACACGACAGUUCCACUCCUGGUUCUCAUUGAAGCUGCUAAGAACGGCCGAGAAAAGGAAAUCAAAGAAUAUGCUGCGAUAUUUCAUGAGCACACAGGCAGGCUCGUGGAGGUGGCAAACCUUGCUUGUUCCAUGUCAACAAAUGAAGAUGGGAUUAAAAUCGUCAGAAUCGCCGCAAAUCACCUGGAAACCCUGUGUCCGCAGAUCAUAAAUGCUGCACUCGCUUUGGCAUCGCGACCCAAGAGUCAAGUGGUCAAAAACACCAUGGACAUGUAUAAGCGCACAUGGGAGCAUUACAUACAUGUUCUCACCGAAGCAGUGGAUGACAUCACCAGCAUUGACGACUUCCUGGCUGUAUCUGAAAGCCACAUUCUGGAGGACGUCAACAAAUGCAUUAUCGCCUUGAGGGACCAGGAUGCUGAUAACUUAGACCGAGCCGCAGGUGCCAUCAGAGGACGAGCUGCAAGAGUAGCUCACAUCGUCACAGGGGAAAUGGACAGCUACGAACCAGGUGCUUACACCGAAGGCGUGAUGAGAAAUGUCCACAUCCUUACAAGCACAGUGAUCCCAGAGUUCGUGACACAAGUGAAUGCUGCCCUGGAUGCCCUAAGCAAGAACUCACUGACUGUUCUUGAUGAUAAUCAGUUUGUGGACAUCUCAAAGAAGAUCUACGACACAAUUCACGAUAUCAGAUGUUCGGUCAUGAUGAUUCGGACUCCAGAGGAACUAGAGGAUGUUUCUGACCUUGAAGAAGAUCAUGAGGUCCGUAGCCACACCAGCAUUCAGACAGAAGGGAAAACUGACCGAGCUAAGAUGACUCAAUUGCCCGAGGCAGAAAAGGAGAAAAUUGCCGAGCAAGUGGCUGAUUUCAAGAAGGUGAAGAGCAAGUUGGAUGCUGAGAUCGAGAUAUGGGAUGACACAAGCAAUGACAUCAUCGUUCUUGCCAAGAAAAUGUGCAUGAUCAUGAUGGAGAUGACAGACUUCACAAGGGGAAAAGGACCACUAAAGCAUACCACUGAUGUCAUCAAUGCAGCUAAAAUGAUAUCAGAGUCGGGAUCAAGAAUGGAUGUCCUCGCUCGGCAGAUUGCUAACCAGUGCCCAGAUCCACCGUGCAAACAGGACUUGCUGGCUUAUCUGGAACAAAUUAAAUUCUACUCCCACCAGCUGAAAAUCUGCAGUCAAGUUAAAGCUGAGAUCCAAAACCUGGGGGGCGAGCUCAUCAUGUCAGCCUUGGACAGUGUCACCUCCCUGAUCCAGGCAGCAAAAAAUUUAAUGAACGCUGUAGUGCAAACAGUGAAGAUGUCGUACAUUGCUUCCACCAAGAUCAUCCGCAUCCAGAGUGCGGCAGGGCCCCGGCACCCAGUUGUCAUGUGGAGAAUGAAGGCUCCGGCUAAAAAGCCCUUGAUUAAAAGAGAGAAGCCAGAAGAAACGUGUGCAGCUGUCAGAAGAGGCUCAGCCAAGAAAAAGAUCCACCCCGUUCAAGUCAUGAGUGAAUUUCGAGGGAGAGAUGUCUACUGAAGCUCUAGUCCACACAAGUGCCCAUUGCCACACCCCAGGCCAACCACACUGCUCUAUCUCACAGUGCACUUUGAUUUCACAGAGUUACACUCAUAAAUAACAUAAAGCUUUGGGGUUAGGCCAUUGUUCACAGUGUGUAUUUGGGUUCCUGCCAUUACCAUCUCUCUAUAGCCAGCACAGCCCAGUUAACUCACAGGUAGUACUAGGAAUAGAAUUCACAUGUGUCAUCUUAGCCUUGCCCUCCACAGGGAAUAGCUUAUGAACAUUACAAAAGGUUUGGGUUUCAUGCACUCUUUAUCCUUGUGAGGGAAGCCACUUGUCAGAAGCUUUUCACUUGCUUUUCAUUAAAUCCAAGAGAAUUUUAUCAACUAUUUUCCCAAUUAGUGUCCAUACUUUCUUCAGCAGACCUAACCUGGUACCUAACCUGCCAGAGAUGUGUUGUUUUUGCCCAUUAGAAAGAAAUUUCAAUUUCUAGAUAUCCCUGCCCAUUAUUAGUUGUUCAGGUGACUAUAACCAAAUGUGUAUGGUCAAGCUUCUUACUAGAAUUUGAAAGUCAGCCAUGUUAUUAAAGAAGUACUUCGGUGACACUCCAAGGCUGAGAGACUUUGGAUGCUGUUUCCACCUUUUAUUUCUACAGUG